AUGGCGCAUAAAGAGCUAUCUAUACGUCGUUUGCUGCAGCUGUACUUGUCAACUUACCUCCUCAGCGUAGUACGCGCCCAGACAACGACCGCGACCCCGACGAUAUCACUCAUUACUGACGCGAAGUUCAUUGGCUAUUGGUCUCCAACUACAUCAGGCGGCUCUGCAUGGGAACCUCAAUACUGUCCAUCGGAUUCGACAUGGUAUGAGACCUCGACAUGGGGUCGAUGCUGCCCGACGUCUGUGACCAAUGCAGACUGUUCAAUGUGGACCAGUUGUGCUAGCACGUCACUAAUAUUCGAAUCUGGAGGCGGCAGUGCUACGUGUGGGACCGCGAAUUCUGUUUGCCGCACUGCUACUAUAUCUCAGGACUCCAAUGACCAGAAACCAUUUUUGUACAUUGGAUGCGGAGCGAGCAACUGGACGGCCUACAGGACACCUCCUGAAGCAGUAGUCAUAACGCGAACACCGACUGCUAAAUCCACGGGCUCCUCGUCGAUCGGCACUGCCACAACCUCCAGCGAGACAUCCUCCGCAACCUCCACUCCGAAGAAGAAUUCCGAUAGCAAGAUUUGGAUUGCAGGCGCCGUACUGGGACCAAUAUUUCUUGCCGCGGUCGCUGGCUUGCUGUGGUACAUAUGGAUGUUGCGGAAAAGAGAGGCGCGGAAACGGGACGAAAGCGCUGCUCCGAUGAUUGCUCCCGCCGGCACAUACAAUCCGGGAGCUGAUCCAAGGGCGUCGUACCAGUCUGCAUACUACCAACAACCGUAUCAGCAGAAUCCCUUUGGCGACCAAGCCUACGCGUAUAAGAGCCCCGAUCUACAACAACAGCCUAUACAGACGGCACCAGUGGAGCUCAGCUCGGUACAGGCACCUGUGGAAGCUCCAGCUGAGCCUAUGAGUCCAGUGGAACGUCGUUGA